AUGUCCGGCCUCGUGCUCAUCCUCCUGGCCAUCGCUUGCGGCGCCUCCACCGCGGCGAGCGGAAAGGGGGCUCGCGGCGCGGCCUCGUCCGCCACCGUCUGCCUCGCCGUCGCCACUGUGUGCCUCACCGGCGUGGCGGCGGCGUCUGUCGGUUUCUUCGCAAGCGCCUUCUCGUGGCUCGCGAUGGUACCGCCGAAGGUCGCCGCCGCGGUCGCCACCCUGGUCGUCGUCGGCAAGGCGGACGGCUCCGUCACCGCGUGGGGCUACUCUUCGUUCGGCGGCAGCGGCGCGCCGACCGACACCGGCUACACCGCCCUCUACUCGACUUGUUGCGCCUUUGCCGCGGUCAAAGCGGACGGCUCCGUCACCGCGUGGGGCGACUCUUCGUCCGGCGGCAGCGGCGCGCCGACCGACACCGGCUACACCGCCCUCUACUCGACGGGGAACGCCUUUGCCGCGCUCAAGGCGGACGGCUCCGUCACCGCGUGGGGCUACUCUUCGUUCGGCGGCAGCGGCGCGCCGACCGACACCGGCUACACCGCCAUCUACUCGACUGAGCGCGCCUUUGCCGCGGUCAAGGCGGACGGCGCCGUCACCGCGUGGGGCUACUCUUCGUCCGGCGGCAGCGGCGCGCCGACCGACACCGGCUACACCGCCCUCUACUCGACUUGUUGCGCCUUUGCCGCGGUCAAAGCGGACGGCUCCGUCACCGCGUGGGGCUCCUCUUCGUCCGGUGGCAGCGGCGCGCCGACCGACACCGGCUACACCGCCAUCUACUCGACUUGGCGCGCCUUUGCCGCGGUCAAGGCGGACGGCUCCGUCACCGCGUGGGGCUCCUCUUCGUACGGCGGCAGCGGCGCGCCGACCGACACCGGCUACACCGCCAUCUACUCGAAUUCGGGGGGGGGGGGGGCCUUUGCCGCGGUCAAGGCGGACGGCUCCGUCACCGCGUGGGGCUCCUUUUCGAACGGGGGGAGGGGCGCGCCGACCAACACCGGGAAACCCCCCCUCUACUCGAGGGGGGACGCCUUUGCCGCCUUCAAGGGGGAACGGUUCAAGGUACUCGACGAGGUCGACCAACUGCGUGACACCGAUAAAGACCCGGACGUCUCGCAGCUCUUCUACAAGCUGCUUCGCACGCGCAACGGUACUCCGUACUAUUGGAUGCGGACUCACCUGCCCGACGUCAUCGUGCCCGUCCUCAACACGGUGGUGCUCCCGCGGCUGCGCACCUCCUUCGAGAUCCUCGCCAGGGCAAACGGCACGCCCACAGAGGAGCUCGACCGCGCCUGGGAGGAGGUGCAGCUCUCGGUGGCGAAAGGUGGCUCAAACAUUGGAGGGCACGCCGACGUCGUCGACGCGUGCUUCGUCGCCGCCUUCCUCGCCGUCUGGCCAUCACUACGUGACAGGCCAGCCUACCGGGGCCACGCCCUUGCUGCCGGCGGCGCACCGCCCCUCGUGCAACCGCCGCUACUCGUCCACUUCAACAAAUACUACAAUUCCCUCCGCGACCGCUGCAUCAAGCUCUGUCCCCCUGAUCGUCCUUCCAAAAUCCUGCUCGUGCAGGUGGGGACCCUGUCGGUCGACCAGAAGAAAAACUCACAGAGCUCGACGCUCACGCCCGAGUUCGCCGCCUGA